AUGCUGUCGCCACCAAGCCAGGACCAGCCCCAGGCACAUUCACCCUCUGCUGCCCCUCAAGACUAUUUCACCGCCAAAGCCCCAUCUAGUGGCAAUCAGAGCCCUCAAAUCCACCAGGACGAUACGGACCUUGAAAAUUCUUCGGUACCCGCGUACAUCUGUCGGAGUCUUUCCGAUAGGAUCAUCCCGCUGCUCCAGGCAUCGAUUGGGCAGAUAUACUCAUCGGUGGCCACGCCCACAGAAACGGAGACUGAUGCCAAACUUGAUACAAAUUCGGAAACGGGUCUGGAACCAGUAGGGUCCACGCCUCGCACUUUGGACACCAUAAACAUGCAGUCACUCACGCUGUUCCAGCUGUCGAUGGUGAGAAACUUUGAGAUCCUCAAGAAAGAUGGUGUGUUGGUGAGGUUCACUGAAGACUCCAACUCUAGCACCCCCAUUGAUGAUGUUCUUUCCACCAACUUGAAAUUGAACAUCGCGGACCGGUUGCAAAAAGUAUUUUCCAUCCAAGACGACGACAUUUUCUAUGCCAACUUCAACGGGUGGCUCGUGAGGGACGUAUUCUUGCAGGGCCAUAUCUACUUGACCAAGAACUGUAUUUUGUUUUUUGCAUUUUUACCCAGCAAGUUCUCGUCUCCACCAGAUAGCCAGAGCGAUGGUGAGUUCAGAAAACAGGACGACUCGAGUGUGUACAUCCAAACCGGUGCUUUAGCAACCAAAACCAAAAAAUACGGGGAAAUCUUGGGAACUGUCUUUACAAACCGGCUGUGGGCCAUCUUAAGACCCGAGACGUUAUCGAUCUACUCGUCCCCCACUGACUUGUACUUUCCUACGCUUGUGAUUGAUCUUCGCACCUGUGUGCAUGCCGAGAUAUUGGAGAAGUACCAGCCCAAAACCGAAAAUGCCAGCAAUGUUUCCAAGCCUGUUCCAGUAGGUUCACCUACCGAUACCCCAUCGGGUAUUCUCAGCCCCAGAGAGACGUUAUCACGAGGAAAUAGUGACGAUUUGUUGAAUGACGAUGAAGAAUUGAACAAGAUGCUCGCAUUAGAGGCAGAAGACAACAAAGAAAGCAACAACGGUGGGGUGUGGUUCAAGAUCACCACCACCAAGAGAUCGUACAAGUUCCAGACUGACAGCAUUUAUUCGGCCCGACAGUGGGUCAACAAUAUCACCAAGAUCAUCUUCCAGUUGCAUAACUCCAACUCCAAAAAUGAGGUUUUGGUCAAGAUUCCUCUAGAUAAUAUCACCAGUUUCAACCGAAGCAGUUUAUUCGGGACUUCGGACAUUGAUGUUGAUGAUUCGGAGGAGGUUCCAGCUGUAUUCUCCUUGACAUAUCUGACAGGUACAGACAAUGUGCUACACCAGAACAAGAAGAUACACAAGAAGUUCACCGAGAAAGCCAAACAGCAAUUGAACUUAUCAGGAACUGAAGACUUACACUUUGUAUUUUUCUCCAAAGCACAAGAAUUCGAUGACACUAUUUCAAAAAUUGUACAUGAUCGAGAAGAUGGAAAUUCUGAGUCUUCUAGUAUAUCCAACCUGGAAAAGUUCAUCCAGAAAAUGAAAUUGAAAAGGUUUCAAGGCCCAAAAGAAGAACACGAGACCGAACUCUCCAAAGUCGAUAUUCCAUUCUCCACUUUACUGCCUCAUGGAAACCCUUCCGCCAUUUUGGAUCAAAUGCUAGAAUACAACAGAGCAAUGCUCCACUCUCGAACUCCACUGGCAGCUUCUCCAUCCGAUGUUUCGAGUCGUUCCAGUGAAUCCACUUCCCCCAUGAACUUGAACCUUCCUCGGCAGUUGUCGGUGACAGGACUUAAGAAGUUGAAUAUGUUUUUUGAUACUUCCAAGAGAGACGUGGGAGUGGUGGCUGAUCGUUAUGGUAACAUCCAAAUCACAGGCCCUAACGGAAAUGAACCGGUUUCUGAAAAGUCUGUUCUCCCUAGUCCUUUGAACUUGGCUGAUCCCUCUGAGUAUGUUGAUCAGGAUUAUCCCAAAAAGGACAAUAAACUCAAGGCGUUUAGUAAAAGUAUCAAGGCCAUCACCAAUGUUUCUAGUGUCUGGAACGCAUACCCUUUUCACUAUAUCCAAAUGAACGAUAAGGAUCCCUUCUACGUUACUGACGAGGCAGCUAGAAACUUGGGCCAAAGGAGGUUAAGAAGCCACUUUUCUUUGGGUGAGACCAAUACCUUAGCAGCUAGUUAUUUCUGCCAUAUACAAAGAGCUUUACCCGUGUACGGGAAGUUGUAUGUGGGAAAUGAAAACAUUUGUUUCCGAAGCUUGUUGCCAGGAGUGUCAACCAAGAUGAUCUUACCGUUACGUGACGUGGAGAACUGUUUCAAAGAAAGAGGUACUAAAAUCACCUUUUCGGGCUUGGUGAUUGUUGUCAAAGGGUACGAGAAGUUGUUUGUUGAAUUCAGCUCCCACAAGUCCCGAGAUGACUGCUUAGAUGUGAUGUUGGAAGGGCUUCAUCAAUUACAUGGAUCAGAAACCUGGGAACCCCUGGCCCAUGAAUGGGGUGAAAACUAUCACGAGCAACUGAAUAAGCUAAGACUUUCUGAAGACGGCGAAGACACAAAUCAAUCUCUAGCCCCUUCCGAUGAAACCUUAAAACAGGCAUCGAUGAGGAUCGAGAGUGCCAGGAUGAAGAUGUUUGAAGACCGGUUCAGUGUGGCAGCCGGAUUGCAGGUGCCUAUAGUCUUGGAAGAUUCACCUUUCUUCAAAACUGAGGUCCGGCCAAACACCUCGUACCACUUUGUGCUAUUAACAAUUGGCUCCCGAGGAGACGUCCAACCGUAUAUUGCUUUGGCCAAAGGGUUGAUGGAAGAAGGUCACCGAGUCACAAUUGCAACACACAGUGAAUUCAAGGAUUGGAUCGUCAGCUACGAUAUCAAGUUUAGAGAAAUUGCUGGUGACCCCACCGAGUUGAUGUCGUUGAUGGUGAGUCAUGGAUCGAUGUCGGUGGCUUUCAUCAAGGAAGCCAGUUCCAAGUUCAAGGGGUGGAUCAAUGAUCUCUUGAAGACCGCCUGGGUCGCCUGCCAAGGGGCAGACAUUUUGAUUGAAAGCCCUUCUGCCAUGGCUGGAAUUCAUAUUGCUGAAGCUCUCGGAAUCCCAUACAUGAGAGCUUUCACAAUGCCUUGGACUCGUACCAGAGCCUACUCCCAUGCAUUUAUUCUUCCUGACCAGAAGAAGGGAAAUUCCUAUAACUACUUGACUCACGUCAUGUUUGAGACGGUGUUCUGGAGAGGUAUCUCAUCACAGGUCAAUAGGUGGAGGGUAGAGACUCUUAAUAUUCCCAAGACAAGCUUGUUCAAGCUCCAGCAGUACAAGGUUCCGUUUUUGUACAACGUUUCACAAACAGUGUUACCACCUGCAGUUGACUUCCCGGACUGGGUGAAAGUUACCGGGUACUGGUUUUUGGAUGAAGGUACUGGUAACAAGUACAAGCCUCCACCAGAGCUUAUUGAGUUUAUGAGACAGGCCACCAAAGACCAAAAGAAAAUUGUCUACGUUGGAUUUGGAUCCAUUGUUGUGGACGAUGCCAAAAGUCUCACCAAAGCGGUGGUGGAAUCGGUUCUUGAUGCCGACGUGCGGUGUAUCUUGAACAAAGGCUGGUCCGAUAGGCAUGGUGACAAGGAAGGUGAAGACAGUAAAGAGGUGGAGGUUGAAUUGCCCUUCGAAAUCUACAAUAGUGGUGCCAUCCCUCACGACUGGCUCUUCCCGCGUAUUGAUGCUGCUGUCCACCACGGUGGUUCCGGUACCACUGGAGCAACCCUUCGUAGUGGGCUACCUACGGUUAUCAAGCCAUUUUUUGGAGACCAGUUCUUCUAUGCUUCUCGUGUAGAAGAAAUUGGUGCCGGAAUAGCAUUAAGAAAGCUCAAUUCCAAAUCGUUGAGCAAGGCAUUGAAACUCGCCACCACUGACUUCAAGAUGAUUGAAAGAGCCAAAAAGGUUUGUGAGCAAAUCCGGCAUGAACAUGGGGUUCUUGGGGCCAUCGAAGCCAUUUACUCUGAAUUGGAGUACGCCAGGUCGUUGAUUGUCAACAAACAGCUUGCCAACGAAAACUACGGAAUGUUGGGAAGCCGUACUGGCUACACUGUUAACAACUCUGAAGACGAGGACCUGCUGCUGAUUGAAAUCGAUAUUUCCUCGAAAAGCGAGACCGAUUUCUAAGACAUUUUUUUGCAGCAAUGUGGCUUUAACACACAACUUUAGGGAUAUGACCAACUCAGGCCCUUACACAUAGGUGAAAUAGAUCACCUUUAAUAUACUUAUUGUCGUUAUGUAUAUCACGAAUUUAUGAACUCCGUAAAUGUAAA